GGGAACUGCUCCGCGAGCGCCCUGUUGGAAUGUGAACCCCCGCACCCUGUCGUGGGUGCCGGCUUGUAGCGACCUGGUCCGGCCUCCACUUCCGCUUCCAGGUGUUUGCGGGGUUCAGGCCGCCUGCUGAGGGGUUCGCUCCACAGUCACGUCGGCAGGGCUGUGGUUGUCGCCUCUUCCUGCAGCGCCAGGCUCCUCCCGCCCUCACAAUCGACUUAAGUGCUUCUCCGUGCACCGCGGUUGGGUGGAAACAACCCCCUCCCGGCGGUUUAGACGUUGGCCUGCAGGAGAAGAUGCACUUUCUGUAUUUCUCUAAGGCAGGAAGUCAUUAUGCAACUAACACAUUUUCAUCAGAUUUCCUCUGAUUUACCGUGAAGUGUAUGUGGGGAUAAUGUACACUGCCAAGAAAUGUGGGAUUAAAUUCCAGCCUCCAGCUAUUAUCUUAAUCUAUGAGAAUGAACUCAAGGGGAAAAGUCGCCAGCGCAUUAUGCCAGUUCGAAACUUUUCAAAGUUUUCAGAUUGCUCCAGAGCUGCUGAACAAUUAAAGAAUAAUCCACGACACAAGAGUUACCUGGAAGAAGUAUCCCUGAGGCAGCUGGAGAAAUUAUUCAGCCUUUUACGAGGUUACUUGUGGGGACAGAGUUUGGCAGAAACAAUGGAACAAAUUCGACGGGAAACAACCAUUGAUCCUGAGGAAGACCUGAACAAACUAGAUGACAAGGAGCUUGCCAAAAGGAAGAGCAUCAUGGAUGAACUUUUUGAGAAAAAUCAGAAGAAGAAGGAUGAUCCGAAUUUUGUUUAUGAUGUUGAGGUUGAGUUCCCACAGGAUGAACAACUGCAGUCCUGUGGCUGGGACACAGAGUCAGCUGAUGAGUUCUGAUGCCAGACACUAAAAAAAUUUAUUGGGAUAGCUGAAUAUCCAUAUUUAUACAAAGUACAUAAAUUGAUUCUAGAAAAAAAUCUUUAAAGAAUACUAAAUGUAUAUGUUGGGUCAUAAUUGGAUUGACCGUGUUACUUUUCAAAACCAGGAUAUUUAAAGCAUCUACUAUGUAGGUGCAUGAGGAAUAUAGGCAAAAGAGAAUAAAGGAAUCUGCCUUUGAGGAGCUUACAAUUGAAUUGGAAGAUAAGUCAGAAACCUACGAAAAGCUAAUGUACAGUAUUAGGCAGUGAAAACAUUAGAGUCAGAUGCUUAAAUAAAGGCUAAAGAAGGUUAGAGCCUAGAGUAUCGUAGGGUAGAAUAGUAAGGGAAGACUUUGUCCUUUAGUGGGGAGACAGGACUUUGCCUAGUCCUUGAAAUGGUAGUAGUUGAAUAGAAGCUUGUGUAGGAUUCCAGAUGAGAACAACUAGAAAGAAGGGGGAGGGAGGAAGUAAAACAACAAGAAAUAGA